AUGGAAGAAAUGUUUCAUUUUGAUGAUGAUGAUGAUGACUACUCCUUUGAAAAUUCCAUUGACCCAAGUUUUUUCAAUAUGACUAAUCCCACACUAGCAGAUUUAUCCAUGGACAAUAAUAGAAACAAUGUGGGUCCCACUCCAUCCCAACAAAAUCAUCACUUCAAUUUUAGUACUAAUAUCAACAACAAUGGAUCCCACAUAAAUUUCCAUGAACUUGGCAUACUUCAAAGGUCACAAACACAAAGUAAUAGUAAUUUUAAUGGUCAAUUUUCCACUCUACUAUCCCAACAAAAUCACCAUGAUAUUCAAAUGUCACAACAAAAUCAACAUGGUAUAUUUCAUAAUACUAAUAGUGACACAUUUAAUUCCAAUUCCAAUGCAAUGUUGUCACAACAAAAUCAUCACCAACAAGGGCAAGGUGGAAAUAAUGAUCCAUUUCAUUACAAUUUAAUAUCACCAGAAGAUCAUCAUCAACAAGUGCAGGGUGAUAAUAAUAAUAAUAAUAAUAAUGAUUCAUUGUUUACCAAUGAAAUGUCACAACAAAAUCACCAUGGUGGUAAUAAUCAAAGUUUUUCUGAUCCAAUGGUUCAAGAACAAUAUGUUCAGAACAAUAAUAAUAAUUUUUCACUUGGAGGAAAUAAUUUUGAAGUGGGUGGUACAUCACAAAUGCAUGAAGAUCAACAAUUGAUUCAACCUUCAAUUCAAACUCCAGAUUUGCCAAACCAAAAUGAAGUGUUAGCAAUUGAUCAAUGGCCACCCACACAAGUUCCAUUUUUUUGCACUUGUUGUCAAGUUCUUAGAGAAAUCAUUCAUGCUAAUGGUUUUCAAUUUGAAAAGCUUGAGAUUCAUGGAAGAAUAGGGUUGAUUACACAUGCAAUUCAUCAUAAGUUACCUACUAAUGGGAACACUCCAAAUUAUCAAAUGAUUGAUUUUUGCAAAAGUAGCCUUGAUGAAAUAAAGAAAUAUUUGGCGAAAUACUGCGUGGAUCGUAAUACAUCAGGGUAUUUUAUUCUGCAAGAUCCAAUGUCUGCAUUUUAUGAGACUCUUUGCACUGGGUUGGAUUGGAUUGAUGAUAUUAAUAUGGAAGGUCCUAUGGAUAAUAAUCAAAAUAAUUCAGAUGAUAUGGGUGAGAAUGCAACGUCUGAUAAAAAGGAUCUCUCAGCACAGAGGAAAAAAUCUGCAAGUUUGACAUUGAGUGAUUUACGCGAUUACUUUCAUCUACCGAUUGAGGAAGCAUCAGAUCAUCCGAAUGUGAAGUUAUGUCCAACAGUUCUGAAGAAAACAUGUCGUAAAGCCGGAUUACAAAGAUGGCCUCACAGAAAGGUGAAAAGUCUUUUGAAGCAGAUAGCCAUAAUGGGAGCACAAUUGGAUGGACAAGAUUCCGCGACAAGGGCAAGGACUGAACAUGAAAUUAACAGGCUUAAACAAGAAAUGAUUGCACAUUGUGGUGGAUACAUACCAACCGCGAUGCAUAACAUUGCUGCCUUCUUGCCGCAGCAGCAGCAGUAG